AUGAAGACAGUGGCAGCUGGUUUGGGAUACUCGGUAAUGGACCCGUUGCAGCGUGAGGGCCACAGGAACAGAAGGAUUAUGUUGAUGGUGUAUGUGGCCUUGGAACUCCUAACCAUCCAUUCAUCCAUGGUGCUGGGCACUCUUGAGCUACAGCUAGAUGAGGAACAGCCAGCUGGAACAAUUGUGGGUGACAUCAGUGCUGGACUGCCCCCUGGCAUCACAGCAUCCCUCUACUUCAUCUCUGACCACGAGGGUACAGGCGUGGGCAGUGAUCUGGACAUAGACGAGAGCACAGGCAUUAUUAAGACCGCUAAAGUUCUAGACAGGGAACUAAGAGACAGAUACAACUUCAUUGCCGUCACCAUGACAGGUGUGACAGUGGAGGUGACCAUAAAGGUGAAUGACAUAAAUGAUCACGCCCCAAAGUUUCCUAAAAAAUGGGCCACAUUUAAAAUACCUGAGCAGACAGCCAUUGGCACCAGGUUUCCUCUGGAGCCAGCAGUGGAUGCCGAUAAAGACCAUCUGACUACCCAGGGCUACCUUAUCAAGGAUGGUAAUGUUGGACAGGCCUUCACUUUGGAGACCAGAAGGGGAAGCAAUGAAGUUCUCUAUCUGGACCUGGUGAUCAAUGCCAUUCUAGACAGAGAGAAACGAUCCACCUACACUUUAUCUUUGGAGGCCUUUGAUGGUGGUUCUCCUAAAAGGACAGAUCAGAUGACAUUGGAUAUUACUGUACAGGAUAUCAAUGACAACGCUCCUGUUUUCAACCAGAGUCGCUAUCACGCCAUAAUAUCUGAGAACCUUCAACCGGGAAGCAAUAUCCUGCAGGUGUUUGCCACUGACGCUGAUGAAGGAGACAAUGGGCUGGUGCUGUAUGAGAUCAACAGGAGACAGAGUGACCCUGACCGCUACUUUGUCAUUGAUUCUCGCACAGGGAUCAUCACUCUUAAUAAGCCAUUGGACUUUGAAAUGAGGAGAGUCCAUGAGCUGGUGAUUCAAGCCCAAGACAACUCGACUCAGCCAGAGGUCACCAACGCCUUUGUCACCAUUCAUGUAAGAGACUACAAUGACAACCAGCCAACCAUGACCAUCAUCUUCCUCAGUGAGGAUGGCUCUCCCCGUAUCUCUGAGGGGGCCCAGCCAGGCCAGUACGUAGCCAGGAUCUCAGUCACUGACCCAGACUAUGGAGAAUAUGCCAAUGUCAAUGUGUCACUGGAGGGAGGCGAUGGGAAGUUUGCCCUCACCACCAAGGAUAACAUUAUUUAUUUAAUCUGCGUGGACCAAAUUCUGGACAGGGAGGAGAGGGACACUUAUGAGCUGAGAGUGAUGGCGACUGACUCAGGCACACCUCCUCUCAGGGCAGAGUCCUCCUUUACUAUCCAGGUGAUUGACGUCAACGAUAACCCUCCUUUGUUUGACCAGCCAGUGUAUAGACAGGUCAUCCCUGAAGUGGUGUUUCCGGGGAGCUUUGUGCUGCAGGUGACAGCCAGAGACAAAGACCAGGGGCCAAAUGGGGACAUCAGCUACAGCAUCUUGCAGGAUCGAGGGACCCACUCGGACUGGUUCAGCAUAGACUCUGUGACGGGGAUCAUCACCACACUAUCCCAACUGGAUUAUGAAAAGGAUCCCGUGCCCAGUGUGACUGUAGUGGCCACUGAUGGAGGGAAACCCCCCCUGUCCUCCACUGUCGUGGUAAACAUCAUACUGCAGGAUGUAAAUGACAACGAGCCUGUUUUUGAAAGGAACUUCUAUAACGUAUCGAUCAAGGAGAACACAGCUGCAGGAACGUGCAUUCUUGAGGUGACUGCGACUGAUGUGGACGGGGGCUCCUUUGGAUCCGUUUCCUACUCCUUGGGCUCUGGCAUUAGCAGUGCUGUUCCCUCUCAGUUCACCAUUGGCAAGGAGACGGGCCAAAUCUGCACUAGCGUUGCAUUAGACAGAGACCAGGGGCCAGCCAGCUACGAUUUCACUGUCACUGCAGUGGAUGGGGGCGGACUCAGCUCAGUAGCCUACGUGAAGGUCGAUCUGGUCGACAUCAAUGACAACCGACCCACCUUCUACCCCGUGAGCUACGCCGUCAGCUUGAGCACACAGAGCGCACCUGGGACAUCGGUUGUCAGAGUGAUGGCCUAUGACCCCGAUUCAGGGAAGAACGGCAGAGUUACAUACCGCACGGUCCCCGGAGGAGCCUCCCCGUACUUCACUCUCAACAAAGACACCGGUGUGAUCUCCCUGUCUCGAUCUCUUCACGGGAAGGCCAACUCUGUCAUCCCAAUGGAGAUUUCCGCCCAGGACGGCGGUGGCCUGGUUGCCCCGGUCAACGCCAAGGUCAACAUCAGUAUCGUGGCGGGGCUGGUGGCACCGCCCGUCUUUGAACAGACUCAGUACUUCUUCACUGUGUCAGAGGACGUCUUGCGGGGGACCGUGGUUGGCGUCGUCCGUGCUACCAGUAAGAACGGCUUCCCAAAGGAUAUCUCCUAUACCAUCAGCUCUGGGGACCCAGCAGGCUAUUUUACAGUGAAUCCUGAGACCGGCGCCCUGAGGACCAGUCUGCCACUUGAUCAUGAAGCCCAGUCGACUCUAGAACUAGAGGUCCAGGCCCGCAGCGGAAGACCCCCAGCAUUCGGUCAGACACGUGUUCACAUCACAAUUGCGGACGUUAACGACAACGCGCCGGUUUUUCUGCCCUCGUCUUCCGAGUCCGUGCUGUUGCCAGAGCACACUGAAAUGGGCACGGUGGUGUACCGCAUUCACUCCGAGGAUAGUGACUCGGGAGCUAACGGCCAGCUGACCUUUGACCUGUCAUCGCCCACUGGGGCCCAGAGGACCUUCAGCAUAGAGCGCGCUAGUGGAGAGAUCCGACUGGUGGGGAGCCUGUCUUAUGAGAGCAUGCCCCGCUAUGACCUUCAAGUGAUAGCCAAAGAUGGGGGAGUACCCCAGCUAAGUGCCACACUCAUGCUGGUGGUUCAUGUCCAAGCAGAAAAUGACCAUGGACCGGUGUUCGAUACCCUCACCUACCGAGUCGAGCUGAAGGAGGGUACUCCCCUAAACACUCGCUUCCUGCAGGUCAGGGCCCUCAAUCGAGAGACGCCAAGCUCUGGUUCUUCCAGUCCGCUAGCGUAUCACCUGCGCCCAGAUGGCGAUGCGACAGGGUUUGGCAUUGCUGCAGACAGUGGCUGGCUAUUUGUGAAGAGCGCCCUCGAUAGAGAAGUUAAGGAUAUGUAUCUCCUGACGGUUCUUGCCAGUGCAGGCCACGGGCAGCUGAAGAAGACCGGCAGCGCCACGGUGCGGAUAUCCGUAACUGACGAGAACGACAACUCACCCCGGCUCACACAAGAGAGGGUCUUCCUGGCAGUGAGAGAAAACCUGCCAGCAGGAACAGGAUUUGGUCGUGUGUUGGCCACGGACCGGGAUAGCGGCCACAACGGACGCCUCAGCUACCGCCUCCUCCACCCUGACCGACACUUCCAGAUCAAUUCCUUCACAGGUGAGAUCAGCACAAGAACGUCCCUUGACAGAGAGCAGCAGUCAAGCUACCAGCUGGUGGUGGUGGUGCAGGACGGAGGAUCGCCCCCACGCAGCGCCACCGGCACAGCCUUCAUCACCGUUCUGGAUGAGAACGACAAUGCCCCCGCUUUCACCCACAGCCAACCCGGAAAAGUCCUUGUCAUGCAGAUACAGGAAGGCCAGGCCUCCGGGUAUCUUCUUGGCACAUUACAAGCCAAAGACCCAGAUGAGGGCGAGAACGGCACCAUAUUCUACUCUUUGUCAGGCCCCAGGGCAGAGCGUUUCUCCAUCAACCCUAACACAGGUGAACUGUGCUCGUCCUCUCCGCUUAGCAACUCCGAGCGAGCCGAGUACAGCCUGACUGUGACGGCCACAGACAGAGGACAGCCACCUAAAAGCUCCAUCUGCUUCCUGAGCGUACAGGUCCUCAGUUUGAAUAAACCCACCUCACAGAUCAACUCGCUCUCCGUAUCCUUCAACUCUGUGGAGGAGACCAAACCCGGCUCCAUCGUUGGCUCUGUGCGGCUCCACGACAGAGAAGUCCCAGACCCAGGGGAGAUCAUCUACACGGUGGUUGGCGGUACAGACCGCGACGGCACCUUUGUAGUGGACCGUCUGACUGGAGACGUGUACCUCGCUCGAGCUCUGGAUUACGAGCGAGAUGCGAGGUACACGCUGGAGAUCGAGGUGGAUGACUUCUCUCAGGCCCUUCCCAGCAGCACCCUGGUCCAGCUGGAGAUUGAUGUGGAGGACAGUAAUGACCAUGCCCCCGAAUUCCCCGAGGACCCCAUCACCAUCGUCAUCCCUGAGAGCAUGCAGUCUGGGUCGUCCAUCUAUACAUUCCAGGCCAUAGACAAGGAUGGCAGCGGGCCCAACAGUGAGCUGGAGUACUCCAUUGUACACCAGUGGCCCAACACCCCUGGCCUUUUGAGCCUCGACCCCGGCACUGGGGUUCUCUCUUUGGAACAGGAAGUCGACCAUGAGGUCACUUCCUCCAUUAUCCUAGUUGUCCAGGCAACAGACUCCGCCCUCAAUGCCAGCCAGAGGCAUUGGGGUUCUGUCACAGCAAGGGUGUAUGUGACAGACGAGAAUGACAAUGCCCCGGUGUUCAGCUCACCCACAGCGGUUAGUGUGAUGGAGGACCAGCCGGUGGGGUUUGUAGCGUUGUACGUCAUGGCCAGAGACGCUGACCAAGGGGAGAACAGCCGGGUGACUUACCACAUCCAGUCAGGCAAUGCUGGUGGGAUGUUCAACCUUAACCCAAACACCGGCUCUCUGUCUAUUUUCAAACCUCUGGACCGUGAGGAGCAAGACGUCUUUAACCUCACCAUAAUUGCCGAGGAUCACGGGAUGCCUCAGCACUCGUCCAGCCAACUGCUGUGUGUUUACGUGAUUGAUGUCAACGAUGAGGUGCCCUGGUUUGAGGAGAGCCACUACGAAGCCGAAAUUGCGGAGAACCAGCCCCCGGGAUCCGUUGUGUUGACGGUUUCCGCCUCUGAUCUGGACCAAGGGACCAAUGGUCAUGUGACAUAUGGAAUCAUCUCAGAGGAGAGUUUCAGUAUCAAUCCAGCAACAGGAGUCAUAACAAACACGAAGAUACUGGACAGGGAGCUCCAGGAGUACUACACUCUGACAGUCUAUGCAAAGGAUGGGGGCCUCCCACCUAACUACGCUAAGGCCACAGUAAGGAUCAGAGUACUGGAGGAAAACGACAAUGCUCCCACCUUUGGACGUCUGUACUACAGUAUUGAGGUGCCUGAGAACCUGGAGCCUUUGGCUCUCUUUACCCUUCGAGCCACCGACCAGGAUACAGGUGACAGCGGGGAGAUAAACUACAGGAUUACAGCUGGGGACCCAGCAGGAGACUUUCACUUGGACAGGCUUUCUGGUGGGCUGUCAACAUCAAGGCGCCUGGAUCGGGAGAAAAAGGCCAGGUACAUGCUGACAAUCACAGCCCAGGAUCAGGGCAGUCCUCCCCUCAGCAGCACAGCUACGGUGGAGGUGGCCAUCCUGGACAUCAAUGACAACAGCCCCCAAUUUCAGAGCAGCAGCUACACAGCUGACGUGUCUGAAGAUGUCCCCAUUGGCUCUUUGGUCCUAGAGGUGAAGGCCACAGACCUGGACUAUGGCCCCAACAGCCAGGUGCUGUACUUCCUGAGCCGCGGAUCCCAAAGCAUGUUCAUCAUAGACCAGAAAACGGGCCGUAUCAUUACAGCAGCACCUCUAGAUAGAGAGAAAACUGCCUCCUACACCUUUGAGGUCUGUGCAACUGACUCCUCCCCAGCCAACCCUCGCAACUCCACCGCUCAGGUGACUGUCUACAUUCAGGAUGUGAAUGACAAUGCUCCCUUCUUCAUCCAAGAUCCGCUUAUCAUAAACAUCUCUGCAAGUAGCGUGUCCAACCACCGAGUGCUGGCCACCAUGAGGGCAGAGGACAAGGACUUUGGGGCCAACGGCUCUGUGUUUUAUCGCUUUGCCAUUCCUGUGCGGGGCUUCACCAUCAACUCCCUGACUGGAGACAUCCAGGCCACAGAGAAGCUGCAGGCUCUGACUCAGAACCAGAGGACCCUGAUAGUGGAGGCGAUGGACCAAGGUAGCCCGGCUCAGUCCUCGCUUGGAGUGGUAGUCAUUUAUAUCAGAGAACAAAGCUACAGUGGCAUCCGCUUCUCCCGCAAUGCACGAGAUGUCAGCCUUCAGGAAAAUGCUGCAAAAGGCACAGCAGUAACACAAACUCAGGCCCAGUACCCAGAUGGCUCCCGAAGUGGUAUCAGCUAUAGUAUCUUCAGUGGAAACCGGAUGCAAUCUUUUGGAAUCAGCCCCACGACGGGUGAAAUUUGGGUCCAGGAUUCUGAGGGGCUGGACUUUGAGGAGACCCCUAGACUCCGUCUAGUGGUGAAAGCCGAAACAGCAUCCUCAAGCUCAUACAUGGCUCUCAACUUGAUCCUGCAGGACGUUAAUGACAACUUGCCGCGCUUCCAGCUCCAGAAUUAUGUAGCCUACAUUAGAGAGGCACAGGGUUAUGAUUUUCCCAUUAUCCAGGUUGUGGCGGAUGACCUGGACCAGGGUCAAAAUGGUCAAGUGACCUACUCCAUCAGAUCAUCAUCCAUGAGUGGUUUAUUUAAGAUUGACCCGCUCACCGGCAGCAUCACCACGGCGGCCAUCAUGGACAGAGAGAUCUGGACGCAAACAAAGCUUGUUGUUACAGCGACGGACCGGGGAACCCCACGGCUGGCCGGCUCUGCCACCCUUACCGUUAUCAUCAUCGACCUCAAUGACAACAGUCCCACAAUUCCUCUGCCUCAGGAGAUCCGAGUGCCUGAGGAUACAAUGAUCGGCGCAGUGAUAACCCGGGUAACAGGAAAUGACGUGGACUCUGGGCCAGCCCUCUCCUACACACUGCACCUGGACGCAGAUUGCCAAGGCAUGUUUGGCAUCCUCAGCUACGGGGGAGGCGUAUCACUGACUGGCCCGCUGGAUUAUGAGGAGCGGACCUGGUACACUCUGACGGUCCGCUCAUCAGACUCCAAACAUCAGAGUGAGGCUAACCUCACUGUGUUGGUGGAGGACGUGAAUGAUAAUGCUCCAACAUUCACCCAGGACCUGUAUCAGGUGAGCAUUUCAGAGCACCUCCCAGCGGGUAGUGCCGUCAUCACAGUAACAGCCACUGAUCGUGACUCUGGAGAGAAUGGAAAGAUUACCUAUCGAGUGGUGCCAUCAAGUGGGAAUAUAUUCUACAUCGAUCCAAACAAUGGUACCUUAUUUAUCAACCAAAAGACAGAGUUUGACUUUGAAAGCCCUUCAGUUCUGGUGAUGAUUGAAGCUCGGGACCAUGGCACCCCAUCCCUGUCCUCUAUUGCUACAGUUCAGGUGCAGGUCUCAGACGUCAAUGACAAUGCACCUAUCUUCCAUCAAUCGGAGUACAGAGCCACAGUGUCAGAAGAUGGCCUUCCUGGAUCCACCAUCCUUACCUUGGAGGCUGUAGAUGGAGACCUGUCCCGUGACAACAGUGGUUUUGAUUUUGCCAUUGCAAGUGGCAACACAGGCAAUGCCUUCCAGAUUGAGAGCAGUGUGCGCUUUCUGGAGGGGCGGGGCUUCCAGACAGUGGGUAGCCUGAUCUUGGUUGACAGCCUGGACUUUGAAACAGUGCCGAGCUAUAAUCUGACCAUUGUAGUGUCAGAUCGCGGCAUACCCCAGCGUAGCUCCAGUGUGCCUAUCCUCAUCAGCAUUAUAGAUGCCAAUGACAACCCUCCAGCCUUCAGUCGGGCAGAGUACAGUGUGAUGCUGAAUGAAGGAGCAGCAGCUGGGACAGAGAUCCUACACCUGUCUGCCACUGACCCAGACUCUGCCCCCAAUGGAGAGGUCCAGUACUCCAUAAGCUCAGGAGACGACACCAGCCUGUUCCAGGUGGACCGGUGGACAGGGGCCUUGAGGUUGCAGAGACCCCUUGACUCUGAGAGGCAGUCCUCCCAUGUAAUCGUUGUUCAGGCCUCAGAUGGUCAAGGUCAUUAUGCCCUUGCUCCUGUUCGUGUGGAGGUGAAGGACAUCAACGAUCACAAGCCCUACUUCCCCCUCAAACUGCUAACUGCUAGCAUCAGGGAAAACCAACCCCAGAAUGCCUUAGUCACCAUGCUGCAUGCCAUUGACCAUGACAGAGGUAUAUUUGGACAGUUGAGAUAUUACAUGUUCGAUAAUUCCAGGGAGGGAAAAGAGGCUUUUCUGAUCAACCAAACUUCGGGUGAAGUGCGUACACGCUCCACUUUUGACUUUGAAAAAGUGAACUCUUUUCAUUUUGUAGCUGCCGCGGUGGAUGUCGGUAACUAUUCUGCCACCGUUACAGUGCAGGUAUAUGUGACAGGUGAGGAUGAAUAUGAUCCUGUCUUUACCUCCUCAGAGUUCUUCUUCCAAGUGCCUGAGGGAGCGGAGAAAGGGCAGAGUAUUGGCCAGGUGCAGGCUAGAGAUGAGGACGAAGGUGUAGAUGGCAUUGUCCUCUAUUCUUUAGUGAACACCUCGCCUUACUUUGAAGUCAACAAGUCAACAGGUGAGAUUUCCCUGAAGAUGGACAGUUACAGCAGACAUGUAAGCCGCUCAAAGAGAGAGGUUCGUCUGAUGACUCUGGACUUGACCGCCCACAGCCCUCUGAAGAGCUCCCGUGUCGCAACGGCUCAGGUCACAAUAGACGUGACGCAUACUUCCUUUGGUCUGGCCACUGACAUAAACACACUGCUUAUUAGUGUGAUUGCAGUUUCACUUGGAAUCAUAGUCAUCCUAAUUGUAAUUGCUGUGGCACUCUUCUUUGUCAAACGAAGGCGCCGGAGGAAGGAGCAAAAAGCCCAAGGCAGAUCACCUGCAUUGGGCACAAUGCUACACAAGUUUGAAGAAACCAAAUUGGCAGGAAACAACAUGAUCUACCACCAGGCCCUUCCCGGAUAUGCACCUGAUCAGAGAGGGAACAGCAGUGGUCCAUACACUCGUGGGGGUUCCCUGGAUCCCUCUCACUCCAGUGGGCGAGGCUCAGCUGAAGCGGAGGCAGCAGAAGAUGAUGAGAUCCGAAUGAUCAAUGAAUAUCCACGAGUGUCCAGCAUCUCAUCCUCCAUGCAGGAGCGCAUCUCAGCCCGAGGUCCAGAUUCGGGAAUCCAGCAGGAUGCAGACCAGCUCUCAGAUGUGUCUUGUGAGCCGUCCAUUGAUGCCAACCAAUGGUUCAAAGGGAAAAAACUGGGCAGUUUGAGCAGCACCCUAUUAGCUGGACAGGUGCCAGUGUACAGGGAUGAGGGAGGAGGAUAUCUAGGUGUGGGAAGGGGGCUGAACCUCUCCCACCCUAAAGACUAUGCUUUCCCUGAAGAUGGAAAGCCCUCUGUGGACGCAUCCCUAACAGCCAUAGUGGCCGGCGAUGAGGAACUGAGGGGCAGCUACAACUGGGACUACCUAUUGAACUGGUGCCCUCAGUUUCAGCCCCUAGCUAAUGUAUUCACAGAAAUAGCACGAUUAAAAGAUGAGACUGCUCCUCCAAACCCUCGCAGGCCAUUUCAUCACAAAGCAAAGGCUGAACCAAGAAUUGACCCCCCACCCCUUAUCACCUCUGUAGCCCAUCCGGGGGCCAAAACUGUACCCCCUAAACCCGCUGUGGGGAGGACACUCCCCCACCUGGCUUCACUGCGGAGAUCUCCUAUCAGCAGUGAGGGAUCCAUCUCCUCCACUGCCAUGUCUCCAAGUUUCUCCCCCUCCCUCUCACCGCUGGCUGCCCGGUCACCAGCUAUCACCCCCUUCAAUGUCUCCCAAGGCCCCUCAGCUUCCAUGAUAAGCACAACUGAACACAAUCUAGAGCACAGCGAGGAGGCAGAGAUGAGUAUUUAAGUCCUAUAGCUCUGAGUUGAACUCCAGACUGCAUAGGCGAGUCAGUCUUGUCCUAGGAUUGAUCUACUGUAUGACAACAGGGGCUCUGACCCCAAAUGUGUCAAUUUUAUGCACUCUGGCAAAAGUGGACUAAUGGACAAUUGUAGUUAAUAGUCCAAAUAGUUGAGUGUGGUGCUCAGCGAAGAAAAACUAAACUAACUUCAUAUUUUACAGGCCAAAAUGGAUGAUGCCUUUCUCUCCGGUUGAUCAGUGUCAAUUUGCACAUACAAAAGGGGAUUCAUACAUGAUGUCAAUAUUUUGUACAAAAACAUUUUUGUCUAUAUUUUUAUACUGACUUGUGGUUUCUGACAAGAAAUGGCAUUACUGUGUCAAAAGGUUGCUAUAACCUCAGAAUAUUUGUUUGUAUAUUUGUAUUUGGUACUGUAUACUUCUGCAUACUGUAAGUUGGUUCUGUCUCCUGUACAGUAAUUAUAACCUCCUGUG